GCAAUUUCAAAAGAGGAAUUGUCAAAGUCAGGUGUUAAUUGCUCUCUGUCAAAUUGAAUGGAAUCGAGAAUGCGAUUAAUUAAUUAAAUUACCUUAGAUUUAAUCAUGUUUUUAUAAUUUUAUAAAGUGUAAAAUUAUACCAAAAUGUUUACGUUAGUAGGACAGCGGGUCUUACAUAAGUGCCUCAAGAUUUUGAGGUUAACUGUAGCGGAUUUAGCAACUUGCAGCAAUUUGCCUGACAUUAAGAAACUGAAUGCAGUAAGGACCGUGGAGAAGAUAAUAGAUAACAACACAAGCAUCUUUAUUGAAAGUCCUAUCCAUGUCAAGAUUCAACCGAUCGAUGUGGACGACAUUAAAUCGCAUAACAGAUUGACCAUGACUCUAUACAGUCAAGGCAAGGAUACAAGUGACUUUCAAGUGAAACAGAGUUCCAAACGUUUAGAGCUGCUCAACAAGAAUACCACCUCGGACAGGAACGACGUCUGCGUGAUUCAAGUUCCAUACAAGUUGAAAGUGCAGGUAUCAACAACAGAAUCGGCUUCAGUACAUCUUUCUAAGUUAGAAGGUGAAGAGUUUGUCGUGAAAACACAGAAGGGGGCAGUUAAUGUUUGUGAUUUGAAAGCACAGAAUAUCAUUGUUGAAAGUAUUGAAGGUGAGGUCAAAUCUGAGGGAAGACUGCAAGCCGGCAGUAUUGACUUAAAGACAGGCUUGAAUUCCGGCAUUCACUGCCACAAUAUAAUGGCAAAUGGCUUCAAUGUCACCACACAUGCAGGUCCUAUAGUGGUGAAGUCUUGCUACAGUGAUAAAUCACAUUUCACAACAUUGAUGGGCAACAUGCGUCUUGACAGCCUUCACAGAUCUGUAAUGAUUGAUGUCAUACAGAAGGGCAACCUACAUAUCACAGGCUUCAGUGGGAACUUGCAGGCUUCUCUCAAGAGUGGGGAGGUCUACAUGCAUGCUUCACAGUUUACAGAUAAAAGCAGUAUUUUCAUUCAUGAAAAAGGUAAAGUGGAGCUAUUAAUGCCGGACAUAUUGAAGAACUUGCCAGCUACUAACUUAAUAGCAGAAAAGAUUGUAAUUGAUGAGAAAAUCCUGAAGUUAGGCAGGUUCAUGGAUGACUCCUAUCCAAAGAGGUUCAGGUUUGAGAAGGAACCGCAUCAUGAGUUGCACAUAGUUUGUAAGAAUGGCUCAAUUGAGUUGAAGGAGACCGACUUACCUUUUUUUAUGUAGAUAUGUGUGAUAUGUGUUAGUUACACAUGAUACUUGUACAUUAGGUUGUAACCAUGUCUAUAAUGAGUAGCCACACAAGUGCUUAUUACUUUUUAACGAAGUAAAUAUAAUUUGUUAUUAUUAAAUGUAUUUUUUUAACAUUGUGAUUUGUGUUGAUCAUUUUCGUGAUAUAAUGUAUUUAAGAACUAAUCAUGUAGAUUAAUUAAAAUUGUUUCCCAUAAGAUUUACUUGAUAUAAUAUUUUCAUUGAAAUAUUUGACAUUUAAGUGGCAUCUUUAUUUCUGGAUGUAAUAUUCUUGUGUAACAUGUAUAUUAAUACUUGUUUGUUUAUAUAGUGUUUAUUAUAUUAUCAUUGUUGUGUCUUCCAUGAACCAUAACUGAAUUACUAAUUAGAAUGCAUCAUUAAUUCUUAUUCAUGUUGAUCUAAAUUGUAAACAUUAUGAAUUUAGAGAAUGUUAUGUAUUAAUGUAUGUUAAUGUAGAUGUAAGGAGUCACAACUGCCAAAGUCAUGUCCUAUGUUUUUCGGCUCUUCUAUUACUGUAUUUUCUUUUAAUGUUUGAUUCUAGCAUUUAUAAGCAUUUGCAAAGUCAACAGAUAAAUGCUUGUUGAGGUUGGUUCAGUUCAUUGCAUUUCAAAGAUUUAUUUUUGUAGUUCCUCAAGAAGACAUUAGUGUAUUUGCUUUUACUUUAAGUCUUGUUACUGCUAGUCCUUAUUGUAAAUUAUAGGGAACUUCUUUAUUCCUGUUCAGGACCUUAAAGAGUUUGUAGAUAUUCAACAUUGUUAUUUAUUCAAGUAGAGAAUUGUUGAUAAUGUCAUUAAAAUAUUAUCUCUUUA